UCUUUGAGCUUUGAUAAGGAACCUGUGAGAGAAGACAAUUUGCCAGGGCUUAUAAGGUUUUCAGAACAGGUUUUCCUGAGAUUUGACUGCAUUUAAUACACCUAUUUUUUAAUGGUUCUGCAAAUUGCUCUUGCAGGGACACCUUCCACUAGACUAGGUUGCUCCAAAGCCCAUUCAGGCCUUGAGCAGUUCCACAGCUGAUGCAUCCACAGCUUCUCUGGGCAACCUGUGCCAGUGCCUUACCAUUCCCACAGUAAGAAUUUCUUCAUAAUAUCUAAACUAAACCUACCCUCUUUCAGUUUAAAGCCAUUGCCCCUUGUCCUGUCACUGCAUGUCCCUGUAAAAAGUCACCCUCUGUCCCUCUUGUAGUCCCCUACCCAUAGGUACUGGCAGGCUGCUGCACGAUCUCAGAGCUCCCUCAUCUCCUGAGCGAAGUACCCCAGCUCUCUCAGCCUGCCUUCACAGGAGAGGUGCUCCAGCCCUCUGGUCCUCUGGAUUUGCUUGAGCAGGUCCAUGUCCUUGUGCUGGGGCCCCGGAGCUGGACACAGCGCAGCAGGUGGGGUCCUGCAGAGCAGAGCAAGGGGCAGAAUCACCUCUCUCAUCCUACUUCCAUGCUGCUUGGGAUGCAGCCCAGAACACGACUGGCUUUUUGUGCUGGGAGCUCUCAUUGCUGGCUCAUGUCUGACCUCUCAUCCAUCAGCACCUCCAAGUUCUUCUCCUCAGGGCUGCUCUCAAUCCAUUCUCUGCCAGCCUGUGCUCGUGCUUGGGAUUGUCCAGGUGUAGAACCUUGCAGCUCAGCCCUGUUGGACUUCCUAAGGUUCAUACAGGCCCACCUCAAGCCUGUCCUGGUCCCUUUGGAUGGCAUCCCUUCCUUCCAGUGUGCUGACUCAACUUGGUGCUGUUGGAAAACUUGCUGAGGGUGCACUCAAUCCCGCUGGCACCAACAAAGAUUUGUGGGACAUAAGCUGAUAUAAGAUACGUGGCGUCUAUCUUACUGGGACAGAAAAACUUCUACUCUUUCAAUUCUCUAUUGUGUUUAAGAUAACAUGCUGUGUGCCCAGAUGGAAAAACAAACUAUAAUGUGAAACUUUUUUGAAAAUAUAUUGUAGAGUGUUUCAAAUAUAUUUGCCUGAUGGCAAAUAAUGCAAGUUUUGUUCACUCCUUGUCUUGCCAAAUGUGACAUUUGAGCUAUGGGCUGUGUGAUUCUUCAGUGGAGCGCCUUGGUAACAAAAGCAUCAGGACAGGCACCUGUGCUUUGAAACACACCAAACCAGUCAUUUUCUAAGGGUCUUCACAUGAAACACAACCUGACAGGUUUCCAUCUCCUGUGACUCCAUGACUUUCUGUGGUAAUUUACCUUGUAAAAUUUAAUCUUCUUUUUAUAUGGUUUGACCAAACCUCUAAAGUACACGGGCACCUCUGAGCUGCCUUUGAUGUUUUAGAGAUACUAUCUUUUGCUACAAAGCAAUAAAAAAUACCAAAAAUAUUUCCAUUUAUGUGCUUAUUAUUAUCAUAGGAGACAUUAGCUCUGGGCAUGACACAAACUGCUGCUUUAUUUGAAUACAGCAGCAGGCCAGAAAAUUACAGUGAAAUAUAAAGCUCAAGACAAUGGGAAAAUACAUAAAGACAAAGCAUGACAAUAAUACUGUGUCACCACCGGCCCAAGCCAGACUCUUGGUGGCUGUUACCAGGUGUUCUCACUGUUCAGUAAAUUAGCUGACUGGUUGUACAUCUUGUGAGCACCAGCACAGAAAGGAGGAAUCAGUAGGAAACUCCACGGUUGAUAGUCAGCAGUGAAAUUGGAUUGUCCGAUGAGGGAAUGCCGUUCCUAAGAGUUGCAAAAGGUAAUGCAACCUCAGUUCAAAGAAUAUAUUAGGAAUGAAGAAACCCCAGAGUGAAAUUGUCUUUAAUCUCUUCAAAAGCUGGAGCACAAGCUUGCACAAGUCAGUGGUUGUAUUUACCAUCUUUGGCCUGGUUCUUUACAUGCCGCUGGUACUUUACAACAGAGAUUCACAUCUGUAGCAGCUGCGUUUCCUUUUAAAACCUUGUUCAGUUUUACAACCUCUUUGAAUGGAUUUUGUCAAUCCGUGAGUGGGACAAGGCUCAAGGGAGCUGUGUAAAGGAAUGCUUCAGUAGAUGGCACUCUCCCUCUGAAGGAGGAUGGGCAAAUACCUAAACCAAGGAAUUAGAUGCAGUGAGAACAGCUUCCUUUAUACUCUACAGAAAUCGCAGUGAAUACACAUAAAGCUCUGUCUAGCUAUGCAAUGAAGUAACUCCUGGCAGAUUUUCACAAAUUUGGAUCUAUCAAGUCCUCACAUCUGGCUUCCUCCCUGCUUGAAUGACUGUAGUCUGUUUAUGUUCAGCUGAACUCCUCCCAAUUCCUUAACAGUGAACACAUACACACAUGUAUUUUUAUAUAUAUUUUAUGUAUUUUGUGUAUAUAUAUGCACCUGUACCAUAUACACCAUAUAGACAUUGGUGUAUGUGUGUAUAUAUACAUAUAUAAAAGAGCUCAGUAGUAAUGUAAGUUGCCCACAUUACACUCAGAGUUUACAAUUGUUCUUUCCCAAUUAUUUUUUUCAAGUUCUUUAUUUUAUUCUAUUAUUCUGUUAGUGGUAGGUCCAUUUUGAGAACUUAAGUCCUUUGAUUUGUUGAUAGUUUUCCAUUGCUAUUUUAUAGUCACAAAAUUUCAUAGAUCCAGUUAAAGAGUACUGAAUUGGUACAAGUGAGGAGGCCUCAACUGCAGGUAUGGAGGCAAUGAAGACCUGCUAGGCCUUAGGGAAGCUACGCCCUUUUGAAUCAAAUCUGUUGCUAAACAAGCAGCAGUGUACAGCCAUCAUGCAUCUUUCUAAACUGUAUAGCACUUUCCUCACCGCUGAACAGGAGCGUGAGAAGAAUGUGAAAAAAAUGUGUAUAAGACAAAGUUGCAAUAAAAAAAUUACAUGGGACAAAUUUAUAAAAAACAAAUUUAAUUAGUUCAAUUUCUUAAGAGUCUUAGAUUCUUGAAUAACGUGAGUAUAUACUUUUAAUUUCCUGCUUUUUAAGUACCUUUUUUCUUAUUUGACUGGUACACAAGUCAAAUACAACUACACAAGUUCUCAAUCACUGCCUCUCCCCUACACUCUGCAAAAAUCCUUUCUCCAUUGAUUAAAACCACAGGGAUAGCGGUAUUUUAAAAUCCAGACCCAGGAGCUAAAAGUUUACUACCACAGCUAAAAUAAAGUUGACCUUUUUUUCCCCCAAUAUUUAUGUCAAAGCCUGAGGGUGUUUGGGGGCCUGAUAGCAUGAAGAGGCCCUAGGUCAUGUAUGAAAGAGGAGUAGAGAGAGUAUUUGUGUACAUCUCUCCAGUGGCAAACAACUUUUGAUCAAUCAAAAGUUAUGCACCAUUGCAAACUAGAUGAGAGAAUUUCUGUUAAAAUAAGCAAUUCAACUGGAAUACUGCAUAAAAUGGUAGAUUAAUAAGUAUAUUUUUUUACAUUUUCUAAUUUUUGAGUCAAAACAAAACAAACCUGCUGUGCGUAUCAGGUGCUUAAGGGACUGUGCUCAAAAGCAGUAUUUUCUGUCAUUUGCAGAGAAGCUAUAUGCCAGAUUAAAUGUGCCAGUGCCUUACCAGUGGCAGAGGAAGCUUUCUGUUGAAAAUACUGUUUAGCUACAGAAUCCAUCUGUUUUGUUGGCAGAUAGAUGUAAACUUCCAAAUGCAUUUAUACAGGAUUCCAAAUAGCCUUCACACAGUAAGGUUACUACUUGGAAGUCUUUUGCACACAAACUGAAUAGAAAUGGUUUGGAGAGGCAUUUUAACACUGUACAAAGGAUCAAAUUUUUUUUUUCCCUUGAAGACAAAAAUCAAAAUGUUGAGUGUGGGACAUUUACUAUUAGAAGCAUGUUCUGUGAAUAAAAGCAAAGAUAGCAAUAAAAUAAAAAUCAAAGAGUAAAAGCAAAAAUAGUCUAACAUUAUUAAGGUACUACUAUUUUUUUCAUCUUCUGCAAACUUGAGCUGACAUCUUUAUUCAAUUAAUAAGGAAACUUAUCAAGGUCAUGAAACCAAUCAAUAACGUUUCAUUUAUAGCUUCAACCCUUAUCUUUAUAGCAGCUACUGUAAUUUCAGAGUACGUUUGAAGAUCCAUAAACCGGCCUUCCACACUGGCUUUCAAGUAUUUGUUUCAAAUCAAAGAACAAUUGCCUGAGUCAUCAAACUAUGUAUCAGGACACCUGAGUUUUAUGCCUUCAGGCAAAUUAUAGCCUAAUUUUCAGGUGUCAUGCACUUCUUUAACUCCCACUUACCUAAAACAGAGUUGCAAGAGCUUGGCACCUCUGAAACUUGCUUUUAAACCAUUUUGGGACUAUCUUCUUUACAGAUGCAUUGGAAAGCUGUUUUAGUGUUCGCAUACAUUUUGAAAUGUUUAGUAAGAGCAUCACAGAAAUGCAGUCAAUACUAGCAAAUGUAUCACUGAAACAGUCCUGUUGUUUUCUCAUCUCCAUGCAGUACAGUUCAAGUUAUCUUUAAAGAACUUCACAAUUAAACAUUACAGUUUAUUAGAUAGAACAGAGCAAGAGACAGAAGGAGCAUGUGAUGGGUAGCAGGCUUUUAGAUGAAAGCUGAAAGUGUGGAAAAUGAUGAGCAAAGGUGAAGAGCAAGUGGUGGCAGAAGUAGGACCUGGCAAUUACAUGGAUUUCCUGUUCUUUAGAAGACCCCUACUGAAAGGAUCCAGAAAACAUGAUGAGAAAGUGGAGAUACUAGCCCCACUUUUGAUAGCAUGAAGAAGCCAGACAGAGAUCAGAACUCUAUGGAUUUGCAGAGCUGGUUAGGGAAGUAGCCAGAAAAAUCAAAAUCACAAUUCUUUACAAUGAAUUGCAUUAUGUAUUAGAAGUAUCAUAUGUUUGGUUUACCAGUGUAGGUAGGCUUAUUUGUAACAAGUGGUAUUUGUGAUUAAGAAAAUUAUAUAAAGAGGAAAAAAAAGCCGUUGUUGGACAGACCAGAGGGAUUUGAGUGAGUCUGUUCAUGAGUGUUUGGAGAUGGGUGCAGAACAAAGGGUUGAUUUUUAAACAUUAUUUAUUUAGAAAAUGAAGAUUCAUUAAAGGACAGAGGUGAAAACUUACCAAUAAAUGUAUCAAAUGCAUUAGAAAAAAUCCACCAAAUCUCUGAAUGAGAAGCUAAUAAAAGUGAUUAACUUUCAGCAGCCCUGUACCUACAGGAUCCCUAAUUAAGGUGACCAUGAAUCAAACCAGUUUUUACUAGAAUCCUGAAUAUUACAAAUAUCACCUCAUGCUGCAAGAAUUAAACCAGGGUCAUUUGUAAAACUCUUCAGCCAAGGGUGGGCACAUGCACCAAACUGGUGAAUUAAGCAAAAGGAGAACUGAACAUUUUCCUUUUACUACCUCUUUCUGCAUGAAAACAGCAGAUAAUUUUUGCAUCCUCCCAUUGCUAACUUAUCCAGCCCAUUCAGCAGGACUGCCUUGACAGGAAGAAAAUGGUGCUACAUUCAUCUGGCUACUGUCUUUUUUCCCCCCAUUUUCUAUUCUUGCUGAUUUGCAAAGUCUCAGGUGACUGAGUUAUGAGUUGUUUGUCCAACAGCUCCUUUGUUCUGAUCUGUGCUUCAGCAAGAACUGGAAAAACCUGUUCACUUGCUCUUUUUUUUUUUUUUCCCCAUCUUCCUCUCUCCAAUUGGUAGCUGCAGCUUGUACACAUGCAGACAAGGUGGUGCCUACCUUUCAUGUGGAAAGCUGCCUUACAAAAACAGGUUGCAUUUUCCAUUAUCUCAGAGUUUUUCUAGCCUCAAACAGGCUUUGGUGGAUGCUCCAUAACCUAAACUCCAUUUGCUCUCUAUGGGAUGUGUUUAGGACAUUAUCUUAUUUCUCUUCAGGCGAAAGGAAGGUGUGUCUCCAGUGCACUCAUUUCAAAUAAUGAACUUCGGGAGAUCUGCAGAAACCAGCCUUGUGAAAUGUAUUUUUUUGGACACAGAAGUCUGUCCGCCUUACAGCAUAUACACAUGAUGUGAUGUUAAUAUCUGUAAGACAGAACGAACAGUGAGGAGACAAGCUAGUGCAAAAAGCAGACAAAUUGAGAAGAAACUUUUGUUUCCAUCUCGUUCCUUUUCUUCUUGCUUUGUGCUGCUGUUGGAACAAGAAUGGGUCAGCUAUGUGGACGAUGCAUGCAGCUCCUGCGGGACUUCAUAGGCUUUGUUCAGAGGAUGGCCUCUGACUUGGUGCAAGGCAUCAAGGAAUGCUUAACUCUGAUAAGCAAAUGCUCCUGCUUAAAACAGAACAGCUCUAAAAACAGACAGCUGUACAAGCCCAUCCUACAGCCUCAUGAGAGAGUGACAGCACAGGAAUUUCUGCAGCAUAUUGAAAAAGAUUUUGAAAUGUCUCCACUGGGAAAGGACCCUCUGGAAGCCUUGAGGACCUUAUCCUUUUCAGAAAACCCGGGUUUACAGCAGUCAGCUGCCCUCUAUUACUUGCAUAUGAGUCAGCACAUGAACAUCCCCCUGCCUGUGGAGCAUCUGGAACCCUUCUAUGCCUUACUACGUUCUGCUGACCUGGAGGUGCAGCAGAUGUCUUCCUUGUCCCUUGUCAACUUCCUGCUGGAAGGAAAUAUUGACAAAGAAUUAGUUGUCCAAAUGGGUUUACUUGAGCCAAUUCUGGAUCUGCUUGAAUCAGAGGAUCCCACUGUCCAGUGUAAUUCCUGUGCCUGCAUCAUGACUUUGGCUGUUUCAGAGUCCAACCGAGAGGCUAUUGGUGCUGCUAGAGGAGUUACACCCCUGCUGUCUCUUGCCAAGUCCUAUGAUCCCAGAGUCCAGCAAAAUGCAGUUGGUGCUAUUCUGAACCUCACACAGUCAGAGAAAAUCCAACAAGUCCUAUGCAAGGAAGGAGCCCUUCCAGUCCUUGCCUUGCUGCUGGAAUCUCCUGACUCAGAAGUCCAGUAUUACAGCUGUGCUGCCCUGAGCAACGUGGCAGCCAGUGUUCAGCACCACAAAGCCUUGCUGAGGCCCAGUGACAGAUUCCUGCUGCGCACACUGAUCUCUCUCCUAUCCUCUUCUGUGGACAAGGUUUCAAGCCAGGCAUGUGUUUGCCUAAGAAAUUUGGCUACCAGUGUGGACAUCCAGGCCGAGAUGGUUGCUGAGAACGUCCUGCCCAAGCUGUGCUCUCUCCUGGCCUCUGGCAGCGAGGACGUGCGUCGUGCCUCCAUUGCCCUGCUCUGGAUACUCUCCCAGCACCCACCCAACCAGGACACUCUGGCAUGUGCUGAGCUACUGCAAAGCCUGGGGACGUUACUGGCAGCACAUAAAACAGACCCUGUGAUUGCUGGACAUACUGCUUGCAUCAUCAAAAACCUGUGCCUUUCCAAAAACAAACAGAGAAUCACUGAGAGCCGCUGUGUCGAAGGUCUCCUCCAGACCAUGCUUUUGACCAACACUCAGGAAGACUCCCUUCGUUACGUGACAUCCUGCCUUGCUGAGCUAGCAAAGCAAGGAGUCAUGUUACACAUGGUCCAGUGGAUGGAUGAACCUUUGACAAAGUGCUUGGUGAGACUGGCUGGCCAACGGGAACAUCCUGAGCCAUCCUUUCAUGCUGCCUCCAUCAUCCUGCACAUGAUCGGUCAUGAGAAAAUGAUGCUUUUGUGGAAGCAUCACAUUGGAGAGAUUCAAGCCUACCUCAAGAAUUUUCUUACCCACCAAGAGGUCCGUUUUCAGCAGAUGGGCAUCUCCACACUCUGCAGACUACAAGCAGAUCCAGACUUUUCGUUAGCAUUCAGAAAAAGUCAAAUGGCCAAACUCCUUGAGCAAGUCCGUCAGCAAACAGAAGAAACUCAAGAGCUCCUUAGGGCAGCUAUGUGCCGUGAAGACAGUUAAUAUUUAAGCCAAAUGGUUUAUAAUAACUUACCAGAUCCAAGGGCCUGAACUUUCAGAGGAAACAACUCUUUUCCUUGGUUCCUGUAAUUUUCCUGCUACUUGCAGUUUCGUCAUACAAGAGAGAUGUCCCGAUAACAAGAACUGGAGCAGGUCAAAACACAAUUCCUUGCACCCUUUGGCUGGCUGCUUAAGUGUGCUUGAGGACACGGCUACAUGUUGAAAAACACAUGCUAUGCUUGGUUAACCUUCCAUGGUUUUAUGGUUUGCUUUUGGUUUCCUCACCCCCUCCUUCAGAAAAAACAGCACUGUUCAUGCAACAGGCUGUAUGCAGGUCUGCAUUCAUCUUUAUUCUGUUUCUGUUCCAUGUCCUGUAUUUCAGAGCACACUCCAAGGACUUUAGAAAAUAACUGAAUCAACCCAUACUAUAAAGGUAGAAAACUACAAACAGGUUACUACAGAAAGUAACUGCUGAGGAACAACUCUCAAAGUACAAGAAAUUUGUGAGAAACAAGAACGGGUGAAGCCUUACAGCUGAUCCUUGUCCACACUAGAGGCACUACUCUUCAGCAGACGAGCAAAGACAUAUUAAGGCAAGGAAAUGUUGCACAGAGCAAGUACAGAACACAGCGGGAACCAUGAAUAAUUUGGGUGAGACGUGUUUAAGUACAGAACUGUGUUCUCAAGUGUUAUUUCCAAAGCUACUCGCAACAAGGGAUGAGUGAAAAUAUUUGACAAAAUUAGGAAUUUUUGUUAUAUUUUGAUAUUCAUACUUCAUGUUAAAUGGAGUUAAAGAACAAUAAAAAGGUAGUUGUGUUUAAA